CAUUUCCAGUUGGCUAUUAAAGAAACAAAAAAAUUAAAGGAAUAAACUUAUUUCCAACAACAAAUUCCUUGGUAUUUUAACCCUCUAACAACAAACAGCCUCCACUCCACUCAAUAUCGACCAUCUUCUCCGCUGAUAACCUCUAAAUCUCCGAGCUUCACAAAUGGACCAAACAACCUCUGCUUCAGUUGAUCCAAAGAGUGGCUUCAAUAGGAUCACCAAGAUUUUCCAUAGCCUAAGACCUACCGUUGAUCUUCCUUCCGAAGACGCUUCCAUCUCGGUCGCGGACUAUGCUCUCUCCUCCUCUCCCGAUUUUGGCUCACUUGCUCUCAUCGACUCAUCCUCUGGCCACGGCAUCUCCUACUCAGAUUUCUACUUAUUCACCAAAUCUUUAACUUGUUAUCUCCACAACGUCAUAAAACUAUCAAAAAAUGACGUCGCCUUUGUACUUUGUCCAAAGUCAACAAAAAUCCCCAUUCUCUACUUCUCUCUACUUUCACUCGGCGUUAUUAUCUCUCCUUCAAAUCCACUCAACACUGAACUAGAAAUUUCUCGCCAAAUCAGUCUCUCUAAACCAGUCAUUGCAUUUGCUACCUCGUCCACUGCUCACAAAAUCCCCAAAUUAAACCAUAAAACCAUCCUCCUCGACUCUCCUGAAUUCAACUCAAUUCUCACAACGAGUUGCCCAACCCAUGAACUCGACAAAGUUACAGUGAGACAAUCAGAUUUGGCUGGGAUCUUUUACUCGUCGGGCACAACAGGAAAAGUCAAAGCAGUUAUGUUAACUCACAGGAAUCUGACGGCUGUAGUUGGAGGAUAUCUUGCACUUAAACAAGAGAAGGCAGUUACGCUAAAUCCUGUACCAUACUUUCAUGUGUAUGGAUUUUUCUACAGUUUGAAAUCGGUUGCGUUAAGAGAAGUAGUGGUGGUGAUGGAGAAGUUUGAGUUGAAGAAGAUGUUGAGAGCUGUACAAGAGUUCAGAGUCACGCAACUUGCGGUGGCGCCACCGAUUGUAGUGCAGAUGGUAAAGGACGGUUUAACCGAUUGUUAUGAUUUGAGGUCACUUCAGGCAGUCGGUUGUGGUGCUGCUCCGCUCGGAAGGGAUGUGAUCGCUGCUUUCAAGGCCAGGUUUCCCACGGUGGAACUGUGGCAGGGUUAUGGACUCACUGAAUCAUCAGGAGUCUGCUCUCGAGCAACAGGUCCAGGAGAAAGUCAUUGUUGGGGUUCAGUUGGGAGACUUACAGCAUAUUGCAAAGUAAAAAUAGUUAAUCCUGACACUAUGGUUGCUUUGUUACCUGGUAAACAAGGAGAGCUUUGGAUUAAAGGACCUACAAUAAUGAAAGGUUAUGUUGGUGACCCUGAAGCAACUUCUGCUGCUUUGACAUCGGAUGGGUGGCUAAGAACUGGUGAUCUUUGCUAUAUUGAUGAAGAAGGCUUCGUCUUUAUUGUUGACAGGCUCAAGGAAUUGAUUAAAUACAAAGGAUAUCAAGUUGCUCCUGCUGAAUUAGAGCAAUUACUCCUAUCACAUCCAGAGAUAGCAGAUGCUGCAGUGAUACCAUAUCCUAAUGAAGAAGCUGGUCAGAUACCAAUUGCUUUUAUUGUGAAGCAACCUCAAAGCAGCCUAAACGAAAAGGACAUAAUGGAUUUUGUUGCCAAACAGGUUGCACCUUACAAGAAAAUACGACGUGUAGCCUUUGUCAACUCCAUACCUAAGAGCCCAUCUGGUAAAAUAUUGAGGAAAGAUUUAAGGGAUAUGAUUUUACCAGCCUUCGCAUCUAGAAUGUAAUAUAUUGUAUGGAUGAUCAAGCAAAUUUAUCUUAUAGAUUAACAUGAACUGCAACACAAGAAAAAUCAUAAUAUAUCAUCACAUCAUAAGAUAAUCGGUUGGUGAUGACAAUAUGAUGCUUCAAAUAGAAUUGUAGUUUUCUUUUAUAUAUGAUAACAACAAGGCCAUGAACAGAUUUGGUUCCUUUUGAAAUAAAAAUAUAAUCUAAUUUUACUUAA